UAAUACAUUUGGAUAGCUGUUGAACUCAAACAGGGAAGUUUAAAACCAGCACAACACUUGAGCUAGCAUGUUGUAUUUUCCUUCAUUUACCAUUACUAACUAUGAUCUUGCCAGGCAUCAUCAUCAAUGAUAAGGAAGAUUUCAGCACCAUAUUGGUAUUUUUUGUCAUUCAGAGGAUCCCUGUACGCACGUUGCUUACAAGAACACCCAUCAAGUCUCUGUUGCCAUAGCAGGCUCACUCAUGGUGACCUCCACACAGCAUAAUUUAACACUGUUCUUUGCUAUUUUAAAGAAAUCAGACAAAAACUAGAAUUAAGGACUGAAAACAACAGGACUGUAAACACAUCAACACUGGAAACUUAACAGUUUUAGUCCAGAACUUCCCUUAAAUGGAGGUCCCUGCAGAUUAAAAUCUUUGUAUUAUUUCAUUUUGAGCAGUAUUUCACACCUAACUACAUAAUUUCAUGCUGUUCAAUAUGCAGCACUGAGUACAGCAAAACAAGUAGUAGGUGUGGCUUAGGCUGUGGAGCAUUGGGCUUUCUUUAGCCUGAAGUUUGGACCAGACCUCUCUGAAAGCUUUUCCCAUUUGUGAGUCCCUCUGUUUCCCUGUCUUUACCUCCCUCCAGUGAACAGCUACGGUGACGACGACGACGAUGCCUCCAGCUCGUCAGACAGCGAAGAUGAGGUCCUGAGGCAGUUUGAGAUGUCCGUGUCUCGUUCACAGAAUUUUCGCACCGCAGCAGCAAACAUCGGUGAACAGCAGCCCCAGCAGACUCACCUGUCACUGGGUCGACGACACAAAUUUACCCGACUAUCAGACCAGGAGGAGGGCAGCACUGAGCCAUCAGACUGUGAAGAAACGGCAGCUCAAAGCCAACAGGGUUUCCAGGAUCCGCUCUCUGCGGUGGUAGAAGCAAAAGAAAGGGCAUCCAUGCUCUCUUUGGAUAGACCUGCAGGAGACCACCCACUGGCCUCCAGUGACUGUCCCACCGUGAGCAUGGACCAGCAAUCUACGGAAGCAGUGGAUCAUGACAAGAAUGAGGUCACAGAAAGCCCCUCCGCCUGGACCCCAGAGGAAGAGCCACCUCCUCUUGGCGAAGUCUCGUCUCAGCCAGGCUGUUCUUCCCCUCGAACUCCUAUCUCCAAGUGUGGAGAUCUGGUCCUCUCCCUGGAGUACCGUCCUGCCGCAGAAAAACUGCUGGUCACUGUGAUUGCGGCCCGAGAUAUCCCCGACAAGGCUCGAAGUGGGAUGAGUGCCUGGCAGGUGCACAUGGUCCUGCUGCCCUCCAAGAAACAGCGACACAAGACCUCCGUGCAGAAAGGCUCACUCCCGCACUUCAACGAGACGUUUCGCUUCUCGCGCCUGGAGCCAUCCGACCUGCAGAAGUCAGCUAUCAGGUUCAGGCUGUAUGCGCUGGGUAGCAGGAUAUCACGUGAGCGAAUGAUGGGGGAGAAAGUGCUGCGUUUACGAGGACUUAACCCAGACGGGGGGACGAUGGAAACGACACUAGUCCUGGAGCCUAGAAGUAACCUGAAGAGUGUCGACUCCCAGCUCAGCCUGUCUGCCGUCUCUCAGAGCGACAGCGCCUCAUCAACCCAGUCUCUGACCCACGGUGGCGUCCCUGAACUGCUGGUGGGUCUCUCCUACAAUGCCACAACGGGACGCAUGUCUGUGGAGCUCAUCAAGGGCAGCCACUUCAGAAACCUUGCCAUGAACAGGCCACCAGACACCUACGGACGACUGACUCUGCUGAAUUCAGUUGGUCAAGAGAUCUGUCGGACUAAGACGACAGUACGCCGUGGUCAGCCCAACCCCGUGUACAAGGAGACAUUUAUCUUCCAGGUUGCUCUGUUCCAGCUGUCAGAUGUCACUCUGCUGAUCUCUAUCUACAACCGCCGCAGCAUGAAGCGCAAGGAGAUGGUGGGUUGGAUCGCUCUGGGCCAGAACAGCAGCGGCGAUGAAGAGCAGCUUCACUGGCAGGACAUGAGGGAGGGUCGAGGACAGCAGGUCUGCCGCUGGCACGUCCUGCUAGAGGCAUAAAAUAACUGUCGGGCAGGACUUUACUUUCUUCUGUGGUUUUUCUUAUAUUUUUUUAUUCUGUAGUUAGACAGAUUUAGAGCUUUUGGAAAAGAAAAGGAAAGCCUUGAUUUAGAGAGUGGAUUAUUAUGGUUAAGAUUUCAGGCCUCAGUGAUUCACAGAAUCUCCCCAAUUUUUACAUCCAGCACAGAUGGUUAGUUUGUGUCAGCAAACUUUGUUAGGAAUUACUGAAAAUGUGUGUGCGCUUGUUUUUUUCGCUGUCUUUGGGGGUUUUUUUGUUUUCAGUGACUGUAAACUAAACCGCAGAGAAGAAAUAGAGAGAGUCGACAUUCUGGAAAUAUUAGUGGCACAUCCUGUCAGAAGUGUCACAGAUUUGCAUUUUUGUUAUGGGUCGAGAAUGAUCAAUGUUAUAUGAGGAAGUUCAUUUAGGUCACAAAAACUAGCAAAAUUAUUCAGUAAGUAUUCAGUGAGCUCUGCAGUACAUCAGACAUCUUUUCAUUAAGAUCUUAUGAUGUAACGUCAUUUAUAUCAGAGCACAAGCACAUGGCUGCCCAUCAGUUUAACCAAUUGUAUACUCACUGGUUAAAUCCCACUGCUAGCCUGAAUGGAGUGAUUUAAAAGCAUAGAGACUUGUGAGAAAUACAUUCGAGUGAAAUGUUACUGCAAUUUACAUCCUUCCACUGAGCUUAGAGAGCUUGGUUAGCUGGUAAAAUGCAAAUAUCUGUAACUAUAAACACAAAAAAAUGAAACUAUUAUAAUAGUAGACAUCAUGUGAUUUUUUUAAAUAGAUAAUUUAUAUAUAAAUAUAUGUUAGCUUCUCUCACAAAAAUUAAAAUGUUAUUAUUUUCAAAUUGGAUGACGUCAGUUACCUGUGUCUAUACUUCAUUGGCAUCUGUUAAUUAGGGGGGCUUUGUUUUGUUUUGUUUCUUUAACCAGCCUCCAAAGUUUUCUACACCGUCUCAGGUGUAGAGGCUGGGCGAUUGGAGGAAUAUAUCGACUAUUGACGAUAUAGUCGUUGUGAUUUGGCCCAUCUCAAAUAAAUAAAUAAUCCAAAAAGUAGCUACAGUAAUACUGAAACAAACAAAAAGAGAAGGUAAAAUAUUCCCUCCAAACAAAACGUAUAAAUUCUAAAUGUGCAAAUCAGUCCGUGCAUGAUUACUUUGCUCCGCCCGUCAAAAAGUCUGCGCCUGUGUGAAUAUAUGGUCUAUCGUUGGAUCGUCAGAUUGCCGGUUGGAAAAUUUUUACAUAUCGCCCAACCUGACAUUUUAACUAAAAAAUCAGUGAAUACUCAAUUCUAUUUAUUUUAACUUUACCAGAAAUUUGACAAAAAAACGUCCUGAAACUGACAAAAAGCAGAUUUGUUGGGAAAAGCUGGUGGUAAUUUGUGGAUUCAAGGGCGCUGCUGGAGAGCUAAUCCCACAGAAACCGAACUGAUGUGGUUUUCUUAGAGUUUAAGUGACAAACGACAAAAAAGUAGCUAAUCUGACUCAUUUGGAUUCCUGUUUAGCAGGUCAAAAAUCAACUUUUGUGCUUAGUCAGGGUAUUGUUUACUCCAAUAACUCCACAUGAUCAACAAUACUAAAUCCAAUACAGUAACCCUUACCACCUGUAGGCAAAUUGUUAUGUAAUCCAAAACUGAUGCAAACAAAAAGAUACAAAUUUAAUUAAGUCAUCACACAGAAAUUUAAUGAUUCAAAUAAAAAAAGGGUUUCAUUCAAAUUGGUGGUUCUUAAAAUUAGAUAUUAAAACCUCUAAAGAAUGUCAAUUUACAUAUUAAAUCAUCAUUUCUGUAACAACAAUUAAGCCAAAAUGCAGAAGUACUUUGUGAGAAAAUACACCCUUGCUGCUUUUGUAGGAAUUAAGAGGGAAAGUAGCAGUUAGGUGCUGCUGAUCAAACGCACAAUAGUAAGUGUGAGCAUCAAUAUUAAAACAGAAGAACAUGCCAGUAUGGUUUAUCUUUGCCAAGCUGCAUUAAACCACAAUGUAUUUUAGACUGAUGAGACCAAAGUAGAGAUGUUUGUUCAUGAUGAGGAUGAUCACGUUUUGGUGACAACCGAACAGCCGCUCAGCACAAGCAAGCACGGUGGUGGCAAGGUGGUGAUUUGGUAGAUACCAAAGUAUUCUAGAGUACUAUCAUCUUUGUAUUUACAUUCUCUGGAUUGCAGCCGUUGUAAACAUGCUAAAUGAUAAGAUUAAAGGGCUAAUUUAAUCUAUAAAGUUCCCUCACAGUGAAUGCUUUGUGAAAAAGCUUUGUGUAGUUUAAAUAAACAAGAUAUAAACUUACUAAACAUUCAAAGGUGAUUACGUUCAAACAGUGACCUAAGCAGUGCAGUAAAGGAACAGAGUUUUUGGGCAAGUGGUACUAUAACCGCAAUAACAUUUGGUGAUCUAUUUAUGUCUUCUUUUUUUGUUUUGUUUUUAUGCUUACCCUAAAAUUGUAAGGCAGCUCUCACUGACAUUUUAGUUACGUUUUUCAGUGCAGAAAUAUGACUGAAGGAUCAUGUACCCGUGAAAUACUUGAAAAAGGAACCAAUAUUUUCUGAUUCAGUUGGAGAAGAAGGAUGUCUCAUUCACAUUCAGCGCUCAUUCAUAUUCUCCUGACGCUCGUGCUACAACAGGCAGGAAGACCAGCAGCUGGAGGCUCUUAAACCCAUUGGGAUGAGCCUCAUCCAUCCUGAAUGAUGUUAUUUGGCUUCAGCUCAGUCUCCUUCACAGGGCAAAGCUCAUUUCAACAUCCAUCAAUGCUGAGCUCAAAAGAGGCUUUAAAUAUCUCACUGCAGCUGUUAAGAACCGCCAAUGAAUUACCCUGGAAGUGUGUGUGUGUGUCUGUUUUUUCCCCCCAGUCACACUCUGUGUUAAUUGGUAGUUAUGGCAGUGAAACCGUACAGUGUGAUGGUGAUGAGGGUAAUGCUGCUGCUAAUGCUCUUCCUUUUCCCAUCUGAGCGUCUUUGAGUCAUAAGGCAGGAGCGCAGCCUGAAUCGGGGGAUUAUUUUUGUUUGUGUGGAGAAAUACUGUAGCUGAACCCUCAGGGGUUCGCACACUGAGAGCAGAGAUGUGUUUACUCGAGCGUUUGUUUUCUUUGGUCAGGUGACAACACAGUCUCUUUAGCAAUUAAUAAAACUGUGAUCGGAAAUGACUCGAGGUUGGUGGCCAUAAGGCGACGCCAUGCAUUAGAAAUCAGGGCCGAUUUGUUGUGUUUAAUGUGUUAGCAUACCCCCUCCAAAAAAAGGACUGCUGACAGUUUUCACUACUAAACCCAGAACUUUCACCUUUUUAACAUACUCGCCUAGUUUUUCCAUUAUCCAUGACCUUUUUGUAACUCUUCAGAAAAAGGAAAUGUCAGCGUGUGAACAAGUGCUUAUCAAGAAAGUAAGCCACAAUAUCUGAACAGCUUCUGAUUACUCCGUGAUUUGUUAUGUUUCUAAAGUCGUUCAGGGACGUUUCCAGCAGAAGAAAGACAACUUUUUAUCUUUUUUUCCUUUUAUAUGAACAUGAGUCACUUGUUGAGGGACAUAGGUGAAUGGACUCAUUUUGUAUCAAUUUAGCACAGGAACCAAGCUGUAAAUGCUGUAAAUGCUAAGAUUGUAGAUGCGUAAUGACAACUACUUCAGGUGUACAUUAUAUGAAGCAUGGAUGAUGAUUAGGAGUGCUGCAGUUACCUUACAUAGGCAUCCAGAUAAUUUUUUUAUUUUCUACACUGUGACGUAGUUCAGUUUAAACCCUCUAAAGACAAAGCCAACCAAAUCCCAUCAAUGUUUGUUUGAUAUAGACAGCUGCGAUUCACCCAUAAAUAUGUUUAAUUGUAUUAUUUCUUUUUCUCAAAUUAAUAGUCAUUUCGAAAAGUAUAACAAUGUUUUUGAGAAGAAUGUACAAGUUUUUAUAUAUGUGAAAAUCACGUACUUUAUUUGGGUGUAACAAGCAAGUAAUUGUGAUUCAUAGAAAAUGAAAAACCUGCCAAAGUGUCUUAAAACUGCAUGUAAUGACUGCAUACGUGAUAACAUGCCUCUGUAAUUUAGCUCUUUGAGAGUAAGGCUAACAUGACAUUGAUCGGACAUAUGUAUCUUUCCUAGCUAAAGAAGACAUGGAAAUUAUAGGGCAUUAUUACAACAAAGAACCGACACUGUCCAAAUAUAGUGAGAAUUAGCAUAGUGAGGUAAAGUUUUUGGUUGUUGUUGGGGGGUUUUUAACCAGUAUUUUCAACAUUGACCUUUAUUAUUAUAGCUAACCAAUGAUUUGUUAGCCUCUUGGCUAACAUUAAGACUAUAAUCUGUAAAUUCAGGAAAUAGAUAAAAAAAGGUCACCUGGUUAGUACUGCAGGCAUCCCAAAGUUCGCAUCUUGCAUUGUAGCCCAAAAGAGUAAUAAUUUAUUCUUUGAAAUUCUGCUCCUGUGGUUUCACUUUGAAAAGGAAAAACAAUAUAAAAACACAACUGUUAAAUCAUCUAAACUUACAUUUUGUUGUCCAAAAGGCAGUGAACUGACAAUUACAAUUAAUUGACAAUUAACUAAUUUAGGGGUUUAGCAAAAAGGUAAGUUUUUCCUUUUAAAUCAGCUAUCUAGAAUUCCUAAAAAAUGUGUCUUCUACCAGAUUGGGAUUAAUAAUUACUUCCAAAGUAUCCAAACCCUCUUUGUUGCAUUAACAUUAGUGAUGACACAGCGCAUCCUUAAAUGUAUUUAUUCUUCCUAAUCUACUAUGAUCUUUGGCAGAUGAGUCCGAACAAUCCACAUUUGAUAAUCAGUUUUAUUUUAUAGUAUGUAGAGAGAAAUUUGACAAUCCCCCGUGAAGAAGCAUUUCUCUGCAGUGGGUAAAAUAAUAUCAGCACUCCUCUUCAGCCGGCUUCGUACUUGUGAGUGUGAAUAGUGACAUGAAUUAUAUUUACUGCACAGAUUAUAUAUAUUUUAUGCAUGUUGAGUUGUUGUAUAGAAUCUAUCAUAUCUAUUAUAUUUUUAAAAAAGUAGUAAAUGUUUAAUGUUUUUAAAUACAUCCCAGGAUUGUAUUUAUAUAUCUGCAUGCCCAGUUCAAGAUCCCAGGUUGUAUUACAGAUGUGAAACAGAUUGUGUGAUCAGAUUGUGCUGCAGAUGGAAUACUGAUGAAGUGCCUGUAAUAUUUUGAGAUGAAACAUAUCCACCAUGACAAAGAGUUGAUACACAUCUGCAUGAAGCCUCCUUGUUGUUCUCUGUGAAUGCUGCUCUAGGACUGCAUUUGCCUGGAAGGUUUAUUUGUCAAGGCCCUGACCAGGGCUGAAGUCAGACAAGUGCAAAGCCAGUGAGUAGAGGGAUGAAACAGUUUCAGAAACCAAGACCAAAAAGUUUUAUUUCAUGCAUUAGCAAAUUCAGUUUUAGAACAUUUAACAGAAUAUCAGUUUUAAAUGAAAUCUACUUUUGGCUUCUUCAGAUUUAUUGCCCACAUUGGCCUUGUACAAACGAGAACACACGUACUUUUUAAAUAGGUAAGCUAGCUUAAUUUGAUAUUUUUUUGAAUCGGGAGACAGCAUAGUUUAUGCUAAUUAUGAUAGCAUAGUUUUGCCUUUUAUGGUAAAUCACUGUUUUUGUGCAUAUUAAACACAUACCGUGUAAGUGUGUCAAACUAUAGCAGUGUUGUUGGGUUUAUCUUUUUCUGUGGACAAAGUCUGGUUAGCUAUAUAUUGCUACUAUCAGUGUUUACGCUACGCUAGUCUAAUCACCUUCUGGGUCUAGCUCUGCUCUUAAGACACAAACAUGAAAGUAACUAAUCUUUUCAUGCAACUGUAAUGUGCAAGUGUAAUUUCUUAAAAUAUCCAGGUAUUGUUUUUCAUGUUUUAUAAUUAGAGUAAAACUUUGCUUAAAAUUAACAAUUUUAAGAUUCCUGUGAUUAGUGGUUAUAUUUAGGUACUGGCAGGUUUUGGUCAUGGUCUGCUUUAAGGCACUCACUCUGAUUAAAGACAAUGUUUUUCCAUGCAAUUAGACCUGACCUCCGUGGUGUGUAGGCUAUAAGGCUAAUUUGAUGCUUUAUUCACACCAUUCACUCCAAAAUCUCGAGCUGACUCCAUAGUUUUGGGCUAACUGGGAGGGAAAAACUGAAUAGCAUUACAUUUCCACGAGACAAAGAUAAAGCAAUGUGUCUAACUUCUAUCUUGUUUCUGGCCUCCCUGAGAAGUAUAGCUGUAUAAGGUCAAGUUCAUGAGUCAUUUCAGGCCUGUAAAGAGACAGUGGACAUUGAUCCUGAUCCUGCACUGACUAUUCUGCAGCCCUGGUCUGGGCUGUGCAUGCUGAGCUCCCGCAGCACCCAGAAAGCACUUUUUGUACCAAGUUGUCAUUGCCAAUAAAAACCAGAAGAUCCCUGCUG